CAACGAAUGGACUAGAUAUUAUGCUACUUCCUGCUAUUUCAAGUUAAAUGCGCGGGCAUGUUUAGACUUCCUUAGUUACGUAAUAGUAUUGCUAGAGAGAAGCUGCGUUUUCGUGACUCCCAAAGAUUGAUAGUUUGUAAAUACUAUCAAUCUUCGCAAUCGCCCAUCGAUUCGUCGGAAGUGUCGGGUACUCGUGUGUGGUUAUAUACAUCGUUCAAUUGGAACAGUCUAUCAACUGUAAAUUUAUUUUUAUUCUUUAAUUAACCUCAGAAAUUUGAAAGGCCGUAUUGGAUAAUCUUAAAAUUCAUCGUGUCCAAAGAUGAAGGACACUAUGAUUGUGACAAGUGAAGUCCUGCCAAAGCGUGACCCGAUUGUAGUAAAUCGGGACGUUUGGUACAGCUUCAUGAGCAAAGAGGAUGCCGACCCUCAGGCCUGCUGGCUGGAGAGGAAGCGGCAAGAGAGGAUGAAAGCUGAAAAAGCUGCCUUGGGAGCUUCUACAUCUAGAGUUUCUACAUCUACAACUUCCUCCUCUGGGUCUGUGGUUUUGGACUCCAUGAAAUUCAGAAAUAUUCAGCAGAAAGUGGACAGAAACCAAAACCAGACUCCUUCUCCACCAAGUUCAGUUUCUCCACCAAGUUUGGUUUCUCCCCCAAGUUCAGUUUCAUCAACUGCAUUAGAUGAUGAGGUUCCCAGAAACCUUAAAGCUGCCUCAGAUGAUGAAGUCCCCAGAAACCUUAGAAAAUCAUCUCCAAUGGCUGAAAAUGAAACAAAUGGUGCACCACUCUCAGGCCAUAUACAGGCUUCAAAAACCAAACACUAUGCCAAUAUCGGCCAAUAUUUGAAUGAAAUCUAUAACAGAGAACAGAUAUGUGACAUUUCAUUCAAACUGGGCAGCAUCAUUUACCCGGUGCAUAAGGUGGUCCUUGCUAGUCAGAGUCCUUUGUUUGAGAAGUUGUUUAACAGCAAGGACUUUACUCAGCCACCUAUCAGACCUAGGCAAAUUAGGGUUACUGGUGUUUCAGAGAGUUCUUUGAAGGCAUUCCUAAAUGGCAUUUAUUCUGGCAAUAUCAAUCACAUGAAGCCUGAUUGUCUGCAUGAGGUACUUGAUCUCUCACGGAUGUUUGAAGUGCAGCAAAUCACACAGAUGUGUUUGCAGAAAAUCUCCUCUCUUGGUCACCAUGACAUGCUGAAACUAUUGCAAAAGAUGAGGAGUCGUAAAGAUGUUCAACUUUGUGACAUUCUAAUGGAUGUGAUAGCUAAAAAUUUUAUGGAGAUUAGGAACAGUUCCUCUUUUUACGAUUUGGAUGUGGACACAGUCUGCAUGAUUUUGUCCAAUGAUAGGCUCAAUGUGAGUUCAGAGAUGGACAUAUUUGAGAGCGCCGUAAGUUGGCUUCACCAUCUUGGGGAUCGAAUGAAGAAUCUGGAGAAAGUAAUGGAUACGGUUAGGUUCUCGCACCUAUCAAGCCAGCAAUUGAUGAAAUGCUUCAUAAAAUGUCCAUCCCUUAAGCAGAGCCCCUAUUGUGUUGGCUUGAUCACUAUGGCUAACUGGGUUCAAACCUCCAUCAGACUCAACCAGCAAGACCCUCUGAAUCUGGAGAUUCAAGAACCUCGGAGCCUUGCCAACAGUGGAGGGAGUGUUGAGCAAUAUCUAAAGACACACUGUAGCUCUGAGUUCAAGGAACCCGAUGUCACUUAUGACAUUGUUCUAAUGACGGAAGAUGCUAUCGAGGAUUUUAAUCGUCAUGCCUGUUCCCGAAGUCAAAGCUGGUCCACCAUUUCUGCACCUUGUAUCAAGCAAUACAAGGAAUCAAAAUGGUCUAUGAUGAAUGACAAAGAAAAAGAGAAUGACAUUGAAGUUCUUGCAUGGCUGGCUGGAAAGCCAGCUAGUGGCUUUAACAAUCAUCCCAACCCAACUGGACUACAAAGCAUGGAUUGUAUGAUGGGGAGGAAACCAAAGCAAAAACAUGUUUCCAUAGUGGAGGGAAAAAGCAAUGACAAACAUGCCAAAAAGAAAAGGAGUAAAAGAGAUCGAAUGCAGGACCAGCUGCCCCUCUCUGAUGGUGGCAGAGAGGAUUCCAGAAAAGAGAUGGUGUGGGGAGGAGACCAGUGGUACAUGGUUGGUGGAGCCAGGUACAAAGAUUCGGAGUGUCCCUCCCCCACCAAUAAAGUAUUGGUGUACUCAUACGAGACCAAGGAGUGGAGACCAGUGGCUCCAUUGAAUGUUGCGAGGAUGGAGCAUUCCCUGUGUGAAGUAGAUGGCUAUAUAUUUGCUAUUGGUGGAAUAGGUGAAGGCAAUCGCUUGCUUUCAUCGGUGGAGUGUUAUAAUCCUAGAACCAAUUGUUGGUUCUAUGUGAAGGCACUCCCGGAGCCCAGGGCUGCUGCCUCUACCUCGGCUGAGGGGGGCAAUGUUUGUCUGAAAGGGGGAUACAGUCAAAUGAAUCAUGGGCAGCCCUCCAGUUUUUACUAUGAGAACAAAGUUGAAUUGUUUUACAACAUGGAAACCAAUAAGUGGUUAAGAAAAUACUGAGGCCCAACCAUCAAACAGAAAUCUAUUCUGGAGUUGUUUUUUUUAAGGACAAUUUUAAAAUCAAAACUUGGUCAAAUUUAAAUCUUCAUUGUCUGUACUUUUUUAGAAGUGGAUAUUUUAUGUAUAAUGGGGCAAGAGUAAUUAAAUUGUAUGCAACUGUUGGUAUUCAGGGUUUUUUUUUUUUUUUAUUUUACUUUGAAUUUAUUUGAUGUUUGCAUGUAAUGAUUAUAAAAAUACCUGGUCUUGAAAUAGAGCCCGCAUUGUGUGGGCUUAAGUGCUAUGGCAAGAUGGCCAAUACUUGUACUCUUAUAAGUCAAUAUACCUUACUUUUAAAAAAUAUUCGAUUGUGAUUGUUUUGUUUCUGUUUUUCAAGAAAAUUGAAUAACAUUUUUUAAUUACUAUUUAAAUCAAUCUCAAAUAAUUUUAAUGGAAUGAAAUUAUAAACAACAUGCAGUGAUUUCAAAGCCUUUUUUAUUAAACCUUGCUUUAGGGUCCAA